CUGGGUCGGAAAAGCUGCCUCACGGGCACACUCGCCGGCCCCUCUGCUCCCUCCUCCCCCUCCCUGCCAAAGUUCGCCGCCCGUCCGAGCCUCCCUUCAGUCCCUGCUGAGCCUUCCCAGAGGCUGCGCCUGCAGUAGCCUCGCCAUGUCCCAGCCGCGCCAGAAGCCUGCUGCCUCUCCGAGGCCUCGGCGCGCCGCGGCAGCCCGCCACACCCAGGAGCAUGUCAAUGAAAAAACCAGUGGAUCACCUUCCAAACCAGGAGGAAAGAAAGGAUCAGAUGAGGAAAAAGCAGCAAACCUUGGGAGCAGUCAGCCCUCUAGAAGCCAUGCUGGUGGGAAAACCCUGGCCACAAAGAUGUCGACUUCCUCUGGUACAACCAGCAAAUCUUCCACCAUGAAUCCCAAAGAAACCAAGGCAAUUCCAGUCAGCCAACAGAUGGAAGGACCACAUCCUCCUAACAAGAAAAGACACAAAAAACAGGCUGUGAAAACAGACCCUGCAGAACCUGAGAAGUCACCAUCAACUAAGACGUCUGUGGUUCAUGAGAAAAAACCCCAAGAAGGAAAGCCAAAGGAGCAUACAGAGCCAAAAAGUCUACCCAAGCAUGCAUCAGAUAAAGGAGGCAAGCAUGCUCACAGUGAAAAAGCAGUUUCCAAAUCAAAUGAGCAGCUGACAUCAGAAAAAUCAACAGAACCAAAGACCAAAUCACAAGACGCUGUUUCUGCUGGUGGAGAGAGUGCUAUUGCUGGUGUAGCUGCAACAACUAUCAAACCAGAUGACAAGAAAAAAGAAAAGAAAUUAUUAACAGCAGCUGUAGCAGUUGAAUCCAAACCAGAAAAGCUAUCUGAAAAGUCAGGCAUGGAUGCUGCUUUGGAUGAUUUAAUAGACACUUUAGGAGAACCAGAAGAAACUAAUGAUGAUAAUACAACAUAUACUGGACCAGAAGUUUUGGAUCAAAUGACUUCUAGGUAUAUUGAAGAGUUGGGUAAAAGAGAAAUCACAAUUCCUCCAAAAUACAGGGAACUUUUGGCUAAAAAAGAAGGGAUCACAGAGCCUCCUCCAGACUCUUUGAAACCUAUGGGGCCUGAUGAUGCCAUAGACGCCUUGUCUUCUGACUUUACCUGUUCUCCUACAGCUGAUGAAAAGAAAACUGAGAAAGAGAAAUCUGCAGGAGAUGUUUUAAAAGCUCAGUCAGUGGGGGUAAUCAGAAGUGCUAUUCCACCUAAGGAGAAGAAAAGAAAGUUGGAGGAGGAUGCCAUGAGCGAUCAAGCAUUUGAGGCUCUGUCAGCUUCACUGGGCACCCGGAAGUCAGAACCUGAACUGGACCUUAGCACCAUUAAGGAAAUUAAUGAGGCAAAAGCUAAAGAAGAAAAACAAGAGAAGUGUGGUGAGGAUGACGAAACAGUCCCAACUGGAUACAGAUUAAAGCCGGUCACGGAUAAAGAUGGAAAUCUACUAUUGCCAGAGCUUGAAGAAAAACUCAAGCCCCUCAGUGAAUCAGAACUCAUUGCUGAACUUUCAGAAGAUUUUGGCCGGUCUAAAUCUAAAGAAAAACAAUCAAAGCCAACUGAGAAAACAGAAAAAGAUAAGGUUGCUGCCCCCACCACUGUGGCAGAGACUGUGUCUCGAACCUCUAUGUGUAGUAUACAGUCGGCACCACCCAAGCCAGCUUCCGUGAAAAGCAUGGUGCCAGAUGAUGCUGUAGAAGCCUUAGCUGGUAGCCUGGGGAAAAGGGAAGCAGAUCCAGAAGGUGGAAAACCUAUAGUAGAUAAAGUCAAGGAGAAAGCCAAAGAAGAAGAUCGUGAAAAACUUGGUGAAAAAGAAGAAACUAUUCCUCCUGAUUAUAGGUUAGAGGAGGUCAAGGAUAAAGAUGGAAAACCACUCCUGGCUAAAGAGCCCAAGGAACAGCUUCCGCCCAUGAGCGACGAGUUCCUUCUCAAUGCUUUGUCUGAGGACUUCGCUGGUAACCCGGACAUUUCCUCUCUUGAAUUUGCAGAUGAUAAACUUUCUGCUGUCAUCUCAGAAGUGGUUUCCCAAACGCCAGCUUCAGCCACCCACCCUGCAAAGCCCCCACCUGACAAUUUGCAGAGAGACAAAGAACUUGAYGAUGCCUUGGAUAAACUUUCUGAUAGUCUCGGGCAAAGGCAGCCUGACCCAGAUGAGAACAAACCAAUGGAAGAUAAAGUGAAGGAAAGAACUAAAGCUGAACACAGAGACAAGCUGGGGGAAAGAGAUGACACUAUCCCACCUGAAUACAGACACCUCCUGGACGAUGAUGGGCAGGAUAAGAAGGAGGCUUCCAGUUCCAAAUCAUCCCAAAAUGGAGGUGAAGCGAAGGAUUCAGAAAAGACAGUGGAGGAAGCUUCCAAGCCAAAAACUGAUGAAAGAAAAACAAGUUAAAGUUUACACUGUUUGGUAAGGUAUCUACAUAUAAAAAUCUUCAGCUGGUGGAUGGUGACUUUUGAAGAAUAAAGACUUUGGCAACAGAACAUUCUUCUGGGUGGCUUCUAGAUAGUGGUAUCUGUUAAGUCGUUUGACAUCCUAAACAGUGUUUGUUAUUCUUUUCCAGAAAGAAAAUGAAUUUGUCUGAUUCACCUGUGUUACUGUACUGAGUGUUGAUGAACUUUUAAUUUUUUUAAAAUUGACUUCAGUUGGGAGAGAAAGGAAGCUUUAUAUUUGUAAGAAAUAUAUUUGAUAAAAUUUCUUAAAUACCCCCCCAAAGAAAAAUAGAAAGAAAAACCUUGCAGACUUUGCACAUUCUACACACAGUGCCUGUAAAUCUCAUUAGCAUUUUCAGUUUGCACUUAUUAUUAUAUUUUUUUAGCAUUUGGAAAACAAAGCUUUAAACAAACAUUCAUCAAUGUUCUGAUUUCUUAUUUACUUCUUUUCUCUUGGGCUUCAGAACUGUGUUUGAUGUUUCUUUGGGUUAAUGUUUGUAGGUCAAACAUAAAAUAUUGUACAUUGGGCACAUAUCUCCUCUUGGGCUGCUAAUAAUAAAUGAAUACUAUGUAACCUGGACAAACCAGGAAGCACCAAUCCUCCUUUUCAGUUUGAACUCUUCAUUUCCAGGGGUGAGGACUUCUGCACCUUAUAGUCAGAGAAAACUCACUGAGACUUUAAUCAAAAGUCAGCAAAAGAUUAAGACACAGGCUAGAUGAUGUGUAGUAAGCUUCAAGAACAAGAACAUUUAAUCCUUAGAAUAUUCAUAUGGCUUGAAUUUUGUUGGUAUAGCAUGUUAUUAAACUGUGUUUUCUACUGUCUCUACAUAAAGCCUAAACAGCAAUUGUUUGUUACAGCCAUUUACCAUGUUAGUCUUUGCACUGUAUUGCAUCUGGCUUUAUGAAAGUUUAGUUUUCUAAAUACAAAAAUAAAGUUCUGCUUUAAAAUAAAAGCAAAAAAUACACACACAUAUGUAUAUAUGUACACUAAAAUCUAAAAUCUGAUUUUCCCCCACAGUAAUUCAAGAACUAAACUCUGAUGUCCUACAACUUUGAGUGGUUUCCCAUAUCUUUCUGAAUGAAUAGUUUAUGAGCAUUGCACUGAUAUCAUUGAUGGAUUUUGAUAAAUAAUUAAUUUCAUCUUUAUUUCCUGGCAGUGGAUGCAGGAAAAGAUGUCAGAUACAUAUAAUAAAACAGACUUGGAAUUUCUUGUUUCUAGAGAGCACAGCCUUCCUUAAAAUCAAUUUAAAAUUUUUGUUAGAACUUCACUAACUUCACUAAACAUGAAUAUAAUCUGACCAGUGCUGUCUAAUGGGGGUGAGGACAAGUAACAAUAACACUGCAUAUAAUGGGCCUUGAAUUUGUUAACACUUUCUAAAAGGCUUCUCUAYAAAUCAGGCACAUACCUAUAGGAUUUCAAACCUCACUACUUAAAACAAGUCUCUGUCCCAUCAGAGAACUAGUCAUGAUUCUACAUUCAAACCAUUAACAAGAAAAGGAAAAAAACACUUUUCUUGAUGAACUUUAACUCCGUAUCUAAUUCUCCUAUUUGGGCAGUAUUAGGUAUUGCUCUUUUUGUUCAUUUUUAAAAAGACUGAAAUCUUUGACCACUGACAUUUUGUGUGCAAGGAUAUGGUUGCACUAUUACUAAUUUCCAUGAAUAUAGAGAGAUAUUUUUAAAUGAUAUAGAAAGAUCCACAGGUUUAAGAAUGCCUAGAAAAGUAAGCAUUCAUUUGAGAUGCUUGGGAAUAUACCUUUUUUUAUUAGAAAUAUCUUUAAACUUGAAUGUUUGCUAGUAAUUCACAAUGACUUGAGAAAGAAUGGGAUCUAAAGCAGUUCUUUUUUUAAAAAAAAAAUCUAGUCAGGAGAAAAUGAUUGCAAAUAUCCACUCAGAAGUAAAGAACAGACAAAUAUUUUUAUUACCAAAAAGGUUUCCACACAUUGUUGUGGCAAUAUUGUAUCUGUUCAGAAAAUCAGUUUUUCCAAAGUAGAUCGUUUCCUCAAGUGACCAAAAUUGAAAAUCAAUAUUUCUGUGUUUUCAUUAAUCAAGAAAUAAAACAUCAUUAAAGCAAAAUAUUUUACAUUAAAAUUGUGGCUUUGUAUUAUUGCUAGAAGUAAAUUAGUCUAGGGAGAUAUUACCAGUGAGUUUUUAAAUUUUUUUAAUUCUUAAAACAUCAACCAUCCAAUAGACAUAAAAUGAAAUAGUAAACACAUUUAUUUCCAAGAGUCACUGUAUUCCAUAGUGUAUUAGAGCAACAUAUUUUAACAUUUUUCUUCGUGACUGUCAUAUACCUUUAUCUUGAAAUAUGCAAUAURUUCCAAAAAAUGUCAUAUAUUCAAAAAUCACAUGUAAGUCUCCAAAACCAAAUAAUAUAUUGUCUUUAUUUAGCCUAAAAUAAGCAAAUAAUUUUGGGUUCCCAGUGUAUUAACAUAUAUUUUUGACUCUACAAUGAUUUAUUGGCAAUAAGUGCCAUUGAUGUAUUAUUUGGGAAUUUAAAACUAUAUCAAAUGAGGAGCAGAAGGAGAAAUCAUCACCUCUCUACCUAAGAAUCAACAGCUCUCCAGAGCAAAUGAAAGGUGUGUCUUAUGGACCUGAAUGCACUCUGUACUUAUUUCCAGAAGGGAUACUCUAUCAGGGUUCCUGAGAAAAUAGUUGACAUUCAGAAUAAUGUGAGGAGGGUUCUAAACGAGGAUGUUUUACGAAGAUGUGGGCAGCAUGUGUGAAAAUCACAAUCUCCAGGACUGGUAGUGCCAGGCUCCCAUUGCAUUUCCUAGUGCAGAAAGGAUCAYAGAAUCAGAGAUGGAGAA